AUGAGCGAAGAUUCGAGAACACAAACGCAGUCACAGCAAAAGGGUAACACAUCAUCGCCUGUCUCCAGGAAGCCGAUAUGGGGAGAGCGCGGCGAAGACACGUGCGCGCCCCAACGAGCAAUGCUGGCGGACAAGGUACCAGACCACACCGACGCGCCAUGGUAUGUCCGCAUGUGGAUAGCGGCCUACAUGCGAUAUCGCGGUCUCAAUGAUGCGAUGGCCGAGAAUGUGCAUUACACUGGCGCUGAGUUCCAGGGCUUGGAUCUGCCCGCCAUUGUAGAUUUGUUCAUUGUAAAGUGUGGUCUCUCGAGUAAAGAGGCAGAUAUCAUUGGGCAGGAUGUGUGGGAGUUGGUGCAGGACAAGCUGCCCCCAGUUCUAGAGCCCACUGGCUUCGACCGAUUUGCCAGAUUUAUCGGCGAGGAUGCGAUGAGACUGAGAGCGCUUACAACUCCAGGCUCCAGUGUCAUGAGAAGGAUAGGGUGCCUCUUGCUCUGGGUCAGGGUCUUGUUUAAAUCUUUAGCAGUUUUCUAUGUUGGGGUCGUGUUUGGCUUUCUCGCGCUAGGACUUGUGUAUGGACACAUUUUCCCCUGA